GCUCUUCUGCAAUCACUCGUUUUUACUCCGUAAAUUAUGAUCAAGUAUGCACCGUUAUCAUCUUCAUUAAAAAUUGAAUUCUUCAAGAUUAAAAAAAAAACGCAUUCUUAUGAGUAACUCUCAAGUAAACAUUCUUCUUCCAAUCGCAAAAAAGCUCACCCCACGAUAAUUAAGGGAAAAAUAAGCUAGAUUGCUUCAAUGUGGCUGUGAUCGUGCUCCUCGAAGAGCAAAAAUCUGUGUUUUAUUUGUUAAAGUCUGUUAAAAAUCAAUUUUUUAUUCUAUAACUAGAAGUUUUAGUUUAUUGCACCGACAAAACAUCUGAUUGGUCAAUAAUGCUUUUUUAACAUGUGUUUUAUUUGUUUAUCAAUUUGAGAGAUCAUUUAAUUAAAGUAUCGGCACUGAAACAGCAUUCUGCGUUUGCAGCAAUGAUGCGGCAAUAAAAAAGCGAAAGCUUGCUACACAACCGAACAAAGACUAAAUCGAUCGUGAGUGUGAAAAUUCUCAUAAGGAAGUCAACACACCUUUGCAAUGGCUUUUCUCAUUCCAAUAUCAGAGGACGAAGCUAUGAGGCCUGAUCUAGUAAAUGGUACUGAUUUUAGAUCAAUACCAUUUAUUAACACCGUCUCAGAAAAUCCAUAUGAUUCAUCAGACUACAAUCUCCGUCGUUCAUUUCUCCUUAUGGACGAACAAGAAAAUCUACAAGUUGCAACACCAGAAUUAUUUUGCAAAAAACUUCGUUGUUCAGAUACCGAUAAGAUCAAAGUAAUUUCAAUUUUUGGAAACACAGGCGAUGGAAAAUCCCACACAAUGAACCAUGCGUUUUUUUGUGGUGAAGAAGUUUUCAAGACAUCAUCGGAACAGAACUCUUGCACCAUAGGAGUUUACGCUGCCAUGCAACAUCAACUUGGUGCUCUUUGCUUGGAUACCGAAGGACUAUUAGGUACUACAGCAAAAAGCAACCGGCGAAUGAGAAUGUUACUUAAGAUAUUAGCUAUAUCGGAUAUUGUAGUUUAUCGAACACGUUCUGAACGUCUACACAGUGAUAUGUUCGAUUUUUUGGGAACAGCUUCAAAGGCAUUCUGUUCGCAUUUUGCACAAGCUCUACAGUCAUUAGCCAUCCCAGGGACAGCUCAAGCUCUAGGACCAGCAGUUAUUGUUUUUCACGAAACAAGACACACAAAACCAUUGGACAGUUCUGUUGAAGAAAGUGCUGAAGACAAACUUCGUCAAGGAUUUGCUCGACAAAAUAUUGAAACAAAUGCAUUCAGCUCACUUCGUUAUGUUGGAAUUAAAACGCCCGAUGAUCGUACAACUGACUUUACGAAAAUAAUCGCAGCAAUUCAAAUGGAAAUCGAAAACACUGCCGUUCGAUCGCCUCGUCAGCCCAGUGUAGUCUUUAAGGCAAUGAAAGCUCUCAAUUUAAAAUUCUCAGGUGAAAUUGUCGAAAAGGCAAUCAAUCCGUUUCCAGAGCAGUAUUUUACAUGUACAGUUCAUUGUGAGUCGUGCAGUCGACGGUGUCAACGUUCUAUGGGUCAUGUUGUUGAUGGAGAGAAUCAUCAAAAUACAGCUCCCUGUAAUUAUCAACAUCAGUUUGAAAAUAAAGUUCUUUUGUGUCAGCAGUGUUACAAGAAUGGAAGAGAAGUUGUUGUGAUAAUGGGUUCUCAGGGACACAACGAAAAUUCCUUGUUUGGUUAUGCUAAAUAUGCUUGGAAAGGAUCAAUCAUUGAGUGUCCAAACUGUGGUGAGAUUUACAGAGAGCGUCAAUACUGGUAUGGUAAUAAACCACCAGAGGCUAUGGCUGUUAGGUCAGAAAUUGUUCAUGUGUGGAAAGGAGGUAAUGUGCCUGUCAAAGGACCUGUACACUCUGCACAAAUGGUACUUGAUGGAGUCUCAUAUCUAGCAGAAGCAAUAAGCAGUAUAGGCUCAAAACCGACAAAAGUCUUAAGCGACUUGCUUGCCGAUACCGUGGCACCGAGCUAUUGGAAACCAAAUGCUGAAAUUACACACUGUCAUGAAUGCAGAAAAAAUUUUGAAAAGACUGGACUGCGCAAACAUCACUGUCGUGGAUGCGGUGAAGGUUUUUGCAACGCCUGCAGCCAACAUAAAUUACCAGUUCCAGCUCGAGGUUGGAACGAUCCAGUACGCGUUUGCAACGACUGCCGACAAGAGCUUAGCAAAAACCAAGACGCGGUCCGAGAAAAACCAAGAGAUCACUUAUGUUAUACUACUAAUAAUACAGGGCCGCCCAAUGAAGAUGGGGACAUUUUUGUGAGAAAAUAUAGUGAAACAAUCUACAAUACAAUAAGUAGUGUCACAUCUGUACUUGAGUACCCUAAAGAUCUUAUCAAAGAUACAGCUCGCCCUUCUUAUUGGGUACCUGAUUCCGAAUCACCAGCCUGUUCAAUUUGCAAAGUUCAGUUUGGAACUGCCGAAGAACUGCUGAAGAGCGCCAUGACACCGACCAAAAAUGAUUCUAGCCGCUCGUCAAAGGAAGUUGGUGACUGCUGGCGCCAUCAUUGUCGGGCAUGUGGACAAGCAGUUUGUGGGAAUUGCUCGGCAACUCGUCGACCCGUCCCUGAACGGGGAUGGAAUUCUGAUGUUCGUGUCUGUGAUGCAUGUUCUUGUGAAGGAAAGUCAAAGUUUGAUUAGAUUUUUGUUCAACCCUUUCUUUUUUAAAUUAUAAUAUGUUUAUCCAUUUGGAAUAGUAA